AUGUCCACCCAAUCAUCUGAUAUUCCAACAAUUGAAAUAAAAGAUAAUGAAAUGAAAGAUUUAUUAAAAUAUCUUUAUAAAAAUGAACCAUUAUUAAAAGAAAAUGGCGCAAUAAAAUUAAUUCCAACAUCAAAUUUUAAAAAUCUAUUAAAAAAAACACCAAUAAAUAUUCCAUUAUGUUCAACAAUUCAACAAGUUAAACAAAUUGAUAAGGAAAAUUUAAUGUAUUUAAUAAAAACAAAUUCAUUGAAAAAAAAUAAAGAACUUUCAAAAGAAAAUAGUUUAAUAAAUGAUGAAAUGUUUUGGUUAUUAUUACCAAAUGGAUUUA